UUGCCAAGUCGGAAGUUAGUCAUAAACGGCAAAGUAUAUGAAUGUCUGUGUGACACUGGAGCAUGUAGGACUGUCCUAACCUCCAGUCCUCCUGGAGUCACAUAUUCUUCAUCAGUCAUAAAUAUAAAAACGGCAGGAGGUCAGACAGACAGACAUCAGUUAACAAACCCAGUUGCAGUAAAAGAUAAGGAAACUGGACAUGAAUGUCAAGCACAGGUGUUAAUAAGCCCUUCUUGUCCUGUUAACUUGUUAGGCCGAGACCUUAUGGUACAAAUGGGCAUUAGCGUGGUUGCCACAGCCACUGGCAUGAAAGCAAUCGUAAAUGAGGAAGCUUAUGUUGUGCAAGGAACCACAACACCACAAUAUUACUGGUCUCUGGACCUAGGGGGAACUGCACAGACACGAGAAUUAUUGCGGAAAACUAGAGAAAAGCAGUCCCCUAGACAGGCCCAGUUCAUGCCUGACGAUGCCUUACACGUCACUAUGUGGUACAAAGACACCCUUGGACCAGAUUAUGUCUAUGACAAAACGUUUCAUGCCCUCCAAGACACUUGUAUUACCUUACAAUAUAUGUAUGUUAACCCCACCACUGGGUUUUCAGCAGCCUCAGUCAUUUUAUCUAACAAGCAACAGGCUGUAUUUAGAGAGAAAACACCACACGUAUCUCUUUCAAAACCACCCCAGAUGCAGUGGAGAGAUGUAGAGAUGUUCUUACGAGAUUCUAUGCACAGUUACAAUGACUACCAACCCAUAUCUGGCUCCUGUUGGAGCUAUGAUGAGAAACACAAUGUGUGGCGGUUUCCUUUGGGAUGGAGAGUUCAAACCACUCCCACCACACACUUAAAGGACCCAACCUGACAAAUUUUUUCAACCCUGGAGGAGGGAUCAUGUCCAGAUCUAGAUCGCCUCCCAGAAGGGUUAUGGUCGUCCUCCCCCACUGAUGUAGGACUGGUAAAGGGAUUCCCACCUUACAAAGUAACUGUGAAAUCAGAACACCGUCCGGUAGUUAGGCAAUACCCAUUAAAACCUGAAGCAGAGAAAGGUAUAGCCCCUGUAGUGCAAGACAUGUUAGCAUCAGGAAUAUUGCGAGAGGCUCCUGAAGCCACUUGCAACACUCCUAUCUUUCCAGUCCAGAAGGGACAUACAGGGAAAUGGCGCAUGGUGCAGGAUUUAAGACCGGUUAAUAACAUAGUGCAACAUGCAGCACCAGACGUGCCUAACCCACACUUAUUGCUCAACUCAUUGACUCCUGAUAAAAGCUACUUCUCAGUAGUGGAUCUUAGUAAUGCAUUUUUCUCAGUACCAUUGCACCCUGAUUCUCAACAUUUAUUUGGAUUUACCUAUAAAGGGAAAAAAUAUACAUAUACUAGACUCCCUCAGGGAUUUUCUGAAAGCCCACAUGUAUAUACCAUGGCCCUUAGAUACUCUAUGAGUACCUGUGAAAUUCCAUCACAUAGUCAGGUAUUACUAUACGUGGAUGAUAUCUUAAUAGCAGCAGAUUCAGAACAACAUUGCAAAGAAACUACCCUAACUGUGCUUCAGCAUUUAUACAAUACUGGACAUAAAGCUUCUAAACAGAAGUUGCAGUAUUGCAAAAAGACAGUUGUCUAUUUAGGGCAUAACCUUUCACAAAAAGGUCGCUCGUUGCUAGAAAUAAGGAAACAAGCUAUACAGGAAGCACCUAAACCACAGACUAAACAACAGAUGAUGUCCUUUUUAGGGCUCUGCAAUUAUUGUAGAGAAUGGUUACCAGAUUAUGCUUUUCUAGUUCAACCUUUGCAAAAUUUAAUAUACGGGAAGGAGAUGACUCUAAAGGACAAAAUACAAUGGACUGAGGACGGAGAAAAUGCUUUUAUAAAUUUAAAAAGAAUGUUGCAAACCAAUGUGACCCUUGCUCUACCAGAUUAUCAACAACCAUUCACCCUAUGUGUAGAUGCUAAUCAAGGUUAUAUGAAAGCAGUAUUAACACAGCCAUUCGGAGCAAAAGAGAGACCGUUAGCAUUCUAUUCAAAACGAUUAGAUGCAGUAGCAGCUGGCUUUCCACAGUGUUUACAGGCAUGUGCAGCUGCUGCAGAAGCAGUAAAGGUAUCAGCAGAAUUGGUACUUUGUCACCCCCUCAUACUUAAAGUUCCUCAUUCUGUGUCUCUAAUCUUGUUGCAGACACCGCUUCCAUUCUUAACACAUACAAGACAUCUUACCUUAGUGUCACUUUUGCUCUCACAACCUAACAUUGAACUUCAGCGGUGUGGCCUAUUGAACCCUAGCACGCUUCUCCCUACCGCAGAGGAUGGGGAGCCACAUUCUUGCAAAGCAACAAUAGAAGAACAAACAAAACCAAGAGCAAAUAUUCUGCAAACUUUUAUACCAGGAUCAGAAGUUGUUUAUGUAGAUGGCUCAGCAUCAAAAAAUGAUAUGGGAAAAAAUAAAGUUGGGUAUGCUGUAGUUACAUCUACUGAAGUGUUAGAAGCCAAUGCACUCCCUUCUACUUGUUCAGCACAAGCGGCUGAACUCUAUGCUGUGAUCAGGGCAUGUGAACUGUUCAAGAACAAGUCACUUACUAUCUACACUGAUAGUCAAUAUGUGUUUGCAGCUGUCCGUCACUAUGCAAGAGUCUGGAAAAAUAGAGGUUUUAGAACAUCACAGGGCACAUCUCUUACUCAUACGAAUUUGCUACUUAGAUUAUUAGACGUUGUGCAUUUACCGACUCACUUUGCACUGUGCAAAUGCAAAGCACACCAGACUGAUGACUCUGCAGAAACCGCAGGAAAUAGUUUUGCAGAUAAAACCGCCAAAGAAGCGGCACUGAAACAACCUACCUUAUCAGUGGCAGACAUUCUUUUUAUAGAUAGCGAUGUGCUAUGUGAUGCACAGAUUCAUGCUCCUAAAAUAGAAGUACAAAGUUGGAUCAAAAGAGGAGCACGAGAGAAAAUUUACUAUAUGAAUGACAAGCCCAUCCUACCAAAACAUUUAUACAAAACAGCUGCUUUGGUGAGCCAUGGAAAUACUCAUGUCUCAACAGGAGGGAUGGUACAUAUCAUACAACAAUAUUUCUAUGCUAUAAAUUUUUCUGAUUAUGCAAAACAAUUUUGUAGGACAUGCUUAAUUUGUUGUACACACAAUGCACAAGGAAACAUCAGACCAAAACGUGGCCAGUUCCCCACAGCUAAGUAUCCGUUUCAAGUUGUACAUAUGGAUUUUAUUGAAUUAUCUUGGUCACAAGGAAAGAAAUACUGUCUAGUUAUUAUAGACACCUUUUCUAAGUGGGUAGAAAUAUACCAUGUAAAGCAUUGUGAUGCAAUGACUGUUGCAAAAUGUUUGGUAAGCCAUUAUUUCCCUACCUAUGGCAUACCUCAUAUUAUAAGAUCAGACAAUGGGACUCAUUUUGUAAAUCAGACUAUGUCCCUUUGCUCACAAGCAUUAGGUUUUACACUUAAGAAUCAUUGUGCGUAUCACCCCCAGAGCGCAGGCUUAGUGGAAAGGACUAACGGCACUAUUAAAACAAGGCUAAAAAAGACAAUGGAAGAGACAAAAAGGCCGUGGCUAGAAUGUUUGUCUCUAGUAAAAUUAUGGAUGAGAAUAACUCCCACUCCUGCAGGAUUAACACCUUUUGAAAUAGUGUAUGGUAGACCAUUUCCCCUAGCAACUGAAAUGAAUGACAUAGAAAAAGCAGACCGAGAAAAUACGCUGGCCGAUUGGAUGCGUAAACUACUAAUAUCACAACAAAAACAUAGCCCCAGUAGUCUGCCAGUAAAUUCUGUUUCUACUCAACAGGAUAACUUGCAGCCGGGAGAUUGGGUCCUGGUCAAGGUCCUGUUGCGGAAAGAUUGGAGCACACCUCGGUGGGACGGACCUUAUCAAGUCCUCCUUACAACACCAACAGCAGUAAAGAUCGCAGAACGACCUUCCUGGAUACACAAAAGUCACUGUAAACCCAUCAAGCCCUUAUCAGAGGCCUCAGCAACAGAGUAGCAGUGGAAGUCCGCUACAAAGGCACAGUAACCAAUAGGGUGCUGUUGUCUCAACCCGGUGAAGAAAACAACUGAGCUGCACUCUAUUUAGGAUGGCACUGAUAGGGUGGGGAUGUGGUAAAGUGACUCUAGGGAUCAUUCUUGUUGUAGGACUUGUAUGGUUGUCCUGGCUCUCACCAGCUCCAUUACAGCACCUACGGCGAUGGACCCAUGAUGACUUCCAUCUACGCCCGUUGCCCGCUGACCACUCACAUCCAUUUAUGCAAAACUACUGGUACCGAUAUGUACAUGAUACUGUAACAGCGAAAAAUGUGACAAAUUGCUAUGUUUGUUCAGUAAUGCUCACUCAUAGUGAAGGACCUACGGUGUAUGGCAGAGCUAUGAAUAUCUUCUGCAGGUAUAGGAUAUCAAAGUAAUGUUUCACUUAUAUUUUCUUUUGUUUUUCAUUUUAUUUUUCUGUUGUUUUAUUACUGUUAUACUAUGUUUGAAAAUGUUUAUUAAUCAAGCUCUUAAUGCUGCUUUUCGGACACGCAGUACAAUGUUUCUCUCCCUUACCCAAACUAUAGAGACAGAGCCUGUUUCCAGCGAUGGCGAUGAAGAAGACAUAUAAUUCAUAAUGACGGCCGAGCCGAAAGCACCCGUGCAGGGCUCGGACCUGAAGAAACGGAAUUAAAUGUUUUCCAGGAUAAUGACAAUGUGGUCUAAAUGAAGGUUGUACCUAAAGUGCUUUUGCAACUUGUACAAUGUUGAUGCUUCUGAUCAUACUGUCAUGAUAAACAGGAGGGACUGUUAGGUUGAAGAAACAGUUGUUAAUCAUUUCUGUAUGAUCAGCAAUGAGUGUAAAUAUAUAUGUAUACGUUAUUUCUUAUCUUCUAGCCACAUACUCUUAGCUAUUGUACUCUAAGUAGGUGGUUAACAGCUGCCUACUUAGAUAAGAAUCUCACUUCCCUCUCUUGCGCCCCCCAUUGACUAUAAAUAAAGAA